AUGUUCAAACAGUCCAGGGUGUUACUACAGAAACCGACUUACAACAUCAUGCCUUACAAGAAUAUGUUGAGGGAUCCCUCCCUGAAAUACACCAUGUUCAAAGGCGUCAAGCUUACUGACAGAACCUGGCCAGACAAGCAAAUCACCAAGGCUCCAAGAUGGCUUUCCACAGACUUGAGAGACGGUAACCAGUCCCUUCCCGACCCCAUGUCGAUUCCUGAAAAGAAGGAGUACUUCCAGAAGUUGAUCGAGGUUGGUUUCAAGGAAAUCGAGGUUUCCUUCCCUUCUGCUUCCCAGACUGACUUUGACUUCACCAGGUACGCGGUGGAAAACGCCCCAGAUGACGUUGCUAUCCAGGUCUUGACCCAAUCCAGAGAGCACCUUGUCCGCAGAACCGUCGAGUCUGUUGUUGGUGCCAAAAAGGCCAUCAUUCACAUCUACUUGGCCACCUCUGACGUCUUCAGAGACAUUGUGUUCAACAUGAGCAAAGAGCAGGCUGUUGAGAAGGCCGUGGAGACCGCCAAGUUGGUGAGAUCCUUGACUAAAGAUGACCCUCUGAGACAGGACACCGAGUGGACCCUUGAAUUCUCGCCAGAGUGCUUCUCUGACACUCCAACCGAGUUUGCCUUGGAGAUCUGUGAGGCUGUCAAGGCCGUCUGGGAACCUACCACCGAGAACCCAUUGAUUUUCAACUUGCCCGCCACCGUCGAAGUUGCUUCCCCUAACAUUUACGCUGACCAGAUCGAGUACUUCUGCAGAAACAUCAGUGAACGUGAGAAGGUCUGUGUUUCCGUCCAUCCUCACAACGACAGAGGUUGCGGUGUUGCCGCUGCCGAGUUGGGUGUUCAGGCUGGUGCUGACAGAAUCGAAGGUUGUAUGUUCGGUAACGGUGAGAGAACCGGUAACGUUGAUUUGGUUACUCUCGCUUUGAACUUGUACACCAACGGUGUUUCUCCCGAAUUGGACUUUUCUGACAUUGAGGAAUUGAUUGCCAUCUCCGAGAAGUGCAACAAGAUCCCUAUCCACCCAAGAGCCCCAUACUCUGGUUCCCUUGUCGUUUGUGCUUUCUCUGGUUCCCACCAGGAUGCCAUCAAGAAGGGCUUCCAGAGAGCCGAGAAGAACCCAGACGACCCAAUGUGGAAGAUUCCUUACUUGCCAUUGGACCCACAGGACAUUGGCAGAACUUACGAGGCUGUUAUCAGAGUCAACUCGCAGUCUGGUAAGGGUGGUGCUGCCUGGGUGAUCUUGAGAUCCAUGGGCUUGGACUUGCCAAGAACCUUACAGGUCGAGUUCUCUACUGUGGUGCAGAACGAGGCCGACAAGGGCGGCAGAGAGUUGAAGAUUGAAGAAAUCAACGACCUCUUCAAGAAACACUACAUCUACACUGGUGAGUCCUUCAUCAAGCUUGACGACUACGAGACCACCAGAGGUAAGGGCGAGAACAACACCCGUGAGAUCAAGGCUGACUUGGUUAUCAACGGUAAGUCUGUUACUAUUUCUGGUGAGGGCAACGGUCCUAUUUCUGCAUUUGUUGAUGCUGUUGCCAAGCAGUUCGGCACUUUCUUCGAGGUGAAGAACUACACAGAGCACUCCCUUGGUGCCGGUUCUUCCGUCAAGGCCGCCACCUACAUUGAGCUUUCCUUUAUCAACUCUGCUGGUAAGCAGACCACCAGAUGGGGUUGCGGUAUUGACUCGGACGUUAGUGAGUCUUCUUUGAAGGCCAUUGUCGCCAUCCUUAACCACUUGAUCAGAGCCGGUGAGCUUAAGGUGUAA